AUGGUGGAGUAUUUCUACGAGGAGUCUUCUCGCAGAUUGGCAUCGGUAACAGAAAACGACGGCGUCUUCUCAGUAAAUAUUCUGCACAGCAGCAGGGUUCCCGACCCCAAAAACACAUUUGUUGCAAACAAAGCCGACAUUCUAGCCGGCGAGAAUGUAUAUAUUGUAGAUUCAGUAAAGUCAGGUUUAGGAGAGCGAAGCGACGACAAAGGUGUCUACGUUGAACUAGUAAAACCACUUCUAGAUGGAGUAUAUGGUAUCCAACACACAUACAUCAAGACUACAGGGCCGCUGCUGAUCGGUGAUUUUGCAACAGGCUUGGAGGAUGCUGGAGCACGUAUUACCGUCGUUUUGAUUGGAGGGGAUACGUCUGUAGGCGAGUUUGUGAACGACUUAUCGAGCGUGGGAACUGGCAGAGUGCGCCUAGUGGUGUUUCCUGCUGGAACCGGCAAUGCGCUUGCAUUAUCCUUGGGAAUCAAUGACAAUUUGGAUGCGAUGAGGCAGUUGCUUGGGCACGGGAGUGACGAGGUUCUGCCGUUGCACAUGUACCAAGUCGCUUUUCCGCCUGGGUCCUGCCGUCUCUACUCCGACGGAACCACAAAAAAACUCGAGGGACCCGUUUUAUUUCUAGUGGUCAUGUCUUGGGCGUUUCAUGCGUCAUUAGUAGCCGAUAGCGACCAGGACGAGAUGCGGAAGAAGGGACUCGAACGGUUCAAGAUCGCGGCAAUGCAGAAUCUACAGUGGAGACAGGAGUAUAACGCAAGAAUUAGCAUCAGUUCUGCCGGUCUGACAGCAAAUGAGGAUGCAAUUGUGCGUGACGGUCCCUUUGCGUAUUUGGUCAUCACUCCGGCAAGAAAGUUCGAGCCUAAAUUCGAUAUUCUGCCUAGCGGUAAUAUUCUAAACGAUUCGCUACACGUCAUUGGCUUUGACACCGAAGAGUCGCCAACCUAUAUUAUGGAUAUUAUGAACGAGGUGUACGAUAAUGGUGCUCAUGUUCAUGACAAACGAGUCUUCUAUGACGAGGUUAAAAGCGAUUCGCGUAUUACCUUAGAUUUGCAAGACAACAAAUCUGCCAGAAAUCGCAGAUUUUGUGUUGAUGGAGCCAUAAUUUCCCUUCCCGAUACCCAUGGUCAGGUUGUGGUGAACUAUUAUGGCUCCAGAAAAGACCACUAUGAACUUGAGAUUGUUGGCAAAAUCAACCGAUGA